AAAGUUGCGCUGUCGUUGAAACUCCUUGGACACAUCUUCACAACCGCUGCAUUUUCAAGAACGAUUUUUUACUCUUCCACAUUUCAUUUCUCCCUCCCGCAUUUUUUUCACCUCAUUCUCACCCGUCCCCCACACUCCCUCGCGUCGUUACAACUUUUCCGUGGUGGAUCGCCCCACGCUAGAGUCAGACGUCAUACAUCUUUGCGGCUCAACGGUGUUCUUACAUAUGGGAGUGGCCAGCGUGCGAACACAGGAAAUUGCUGCGAGUAUUACUAUCCCGCGAUAGUGAGAGCUGUCUAAUCAGCCCUCCGAAUCGUAUCUUUCACCAUGUUUGCGGGUAAACGCUUGAGCAAGGAGCUCCUCAAGAUGAAAGAACAUUUACCGCCUGGUAUAUCAAUUGCAAAAUCAGAGAAUCUCGAAGAGUGGCAGAUGGAUAUCCGAGUCCUGGACGAGAAUCCCCUCUAUCAGAAUCAGGUCUAUAGGCUCAAGUUCACGUUCGGGUCUAAGUAUCCAAUAGAGCCACCGGAAGUCCAGUUCAUCGAGUUACCGAACUCAUCGGAGACCCCUCGCCCAAUCCCCAUCCACCCGCACAUAUACAGCAACGGAAUCAUCUGCUUAGAUCUACUAAGCUCGGCCGGAUGGUCACCUGUACAAACAGUGGAGAGCGUCUGCAUGAGUAUUCAAAGCAUGCUAACAGCAAACACACGCGACGAACGACCACCCGGUGACAGCGACUUCGUCUCGUACAACCGACGCCGGCCCCGCGAUAUCAACUUCUUCUACGACGAUGACAACGUAUAAUGUUGUAUGAGGCUAUUGUCAAAUGCUUUUUUAGCGUCAGGAUCGUUCGUUGUCCCUCGACCUCGUGCAUCUUGACGACAACAGCUUGUUUCCCGUCCACACCAAGUUCGAUUCGCAGUGAAGAUUGCGUUGAGAAGCACCGGCUUCUGGGCUGGUAAUAAGGCAUCUAGGCUGAUGCAUUUGAUUUUCGGUUGUUGAUACUUUGUGCUCAGGUUGCAUUUGCAUAGGCGCAUGUUUUAUAGGCGUUUUCGGAGCGGGUUAGUAGUUUAGCACAUCUUACCUCUAUAUGGUUCAUUAUUCAGUCUCUUCAUCUGUCUGUUUCACUAUAUUUUCUUCCGUUCGUUGUCGGUCACUUUGAUCACCAUACAAGAUCGUGCGGUUAUCGGUAGCAGAUAAAUAUACGUCCCCGUCCUAUGAACAUACCUUCUUG